UUGAAAGGAUGGUACUUGCGAGCUAGCUAGCUGAGCUCUGAGUCUGCUGGACGAAAAUUUCUUGGAUAUUUCGUGCAAGUACCGGUAUUAGUUGCUAGUGGUGUGCUCUGCGACCAAAGAAAAACAAACUGCCUGGGCGGGAUAGGUUCAGCUAGCAGCAAGUUGCCGAGCUUUGGGCGUUUACCUCAGCAAUAGUGCUGCCACCCACUCACCCUCCUGGCGUUCGGUCAUGGCUUUGUGGUCGUUUGCAUACCGGACGGCACUCCUGAUAGCCCUUUACGGGUGUGUGGCUGCUUCAGCCGCGAGUGACUCACAGCUCAUAUUCGGUUUCGCGACCGACGGAUCGUUCUCGAUCAGCAUUGGUGAAGCCAAGGACGUGUGGAUCGAGAGUGGCCGGUCUGCUGUGAGGAUUAACGGCACGCUGAUGGUCCUCGGCAAGGAUCUUGUCAGUAAUGUAACGUUCGCGUCCAGCGGUCAGGAUGUUCUGGGUGCCUAUCAAAUGGAUACUAUCAAGUGGAAGACCAAGGACACGCAGCAGGAGUUGUUCCGUACCAACUUCAAGACGUACAGAGAUCUGCCGGCGGUGGUAUUUGAACAGCAUUUCCCCGUCAGCGUGGACAAUCCUGGUGGUAGCAGUGCCGAGCUUGCUAGCUUCUUUCCAACGUUCUCAGCUACGGACAAGGCCAUCACAGAUCUGAAUUACAUCACAUACACAGAUACGUUCCCGUCCAUGCACAACGGGCACUUCAACAAUCACAGCCAAUUCCCGGGAGGAACAAAUGGCGGUGUGCCCCUAACCAUCUAUGACAAGUCACUACGCACCCUGGUCAUAUCUCCACUGGACAACUUCAUGGUGGGGAUACAGGACAUUGCCAAGGAAGUUGGCGGCGGCAUUACAUGCGGAAUCAACGGCCAAGUUUUGAACAUCCCAGAGGGCUUCAAUCACUCCACAAUCAUGUGGGCUGGUCAGGGCUUGAAGGACACGAUGUAUGAUUGGGGUGGCGCACUACUCAAGUACCAUGGAAAGAGCCGCACACCAUUGGACAGUGAUUUCAGUGUGAAGUACCUGGGCUGGUGGACAGACAAUGGCGGCUAUUACCACUACAACCCGGAGACGAACAAGACCUACCAGCAAACCAUGCUGGAUGCCAAGGCCAAACUGGAGGAGCUGAACAUUCCAGCUCGAUAUUUCCAACUGGAUAGCUGGUGGUAUUUUCAAGAGGCUUCCCAUGGAGCCUUGACCCUGUGGGAACCUCGUCCUGAUGUAUUCCCAAGUGGCAUGUCCGACUGGCUGGGCUUGCCUUUAUCUCUGCAUAACCGAUGGUUUGCUGCAAAGAACAACUACAGCGCUGAUUGGUUUCUGGUGAAGGAAGGGCAGGACUGCGCGCUGCCGUCCAGCAAAGAGUUGUUUGACACCAUUAUGUCGAAGACAGCCAAGUGGGGUCCGGGAAUGUUUCAGUACGAGCAGGACUGGUUGGUGACCACGUUUGAACGCUGCGCAUACUCUCAGACGGAUAUCUAUGCAUCACGUAAUUAUCUUGCGUACAUGGCCCAAGGCGCAGCGGAUGUCAACGCAACUGUUCAAUACUGUAUGGCAUUGCCCAAUCACAUCCUCCAGUCCACUGCACUACAGCCUGUUACUCUGGCUCGUGCUUCUGGUGAUUACUCGGCAAGCAGUGAGCAAUGGGCUAUUGGCAAGACAAGUCUCCUCUACUACUCAAUUGGACUGAUCCCGUUUAAGGACUGCUUCCAGACAGUCACCACCAAUGAGACUGGCUGUCAACACAAAGGUCGCUGUCUGGAGACGAAUCCCACGUUGCAAGCGCUGGUAUCGACAAUGAGUACUGGAGCCAUUGCCCCCGGUGAUGGCAUUCAAUUCAUGAAUGAGGAUACGGUGGCGUUGCUGAAGAGGACUUGUCGCUGGGCCGAUGGAUUGAUUCUUAAACCAGAUGCACCCGCCAUCAUUAUGGAUGUUGUGUUCCAGACUGUGUUCUCUGACACGAAAAUGGAACCAUUUGAGCUGUGGCAUACAUAUUCCGACUUCAGCGGAGUCCGAUUCCAUUACAUCAUUGCUGCAGUGUUGCCAAAUCCAUUCACCCUCCACACUAGUUUCAUCCAAGCCCCAGCCGGAAGUAAUUUCAUUGCGUACGACUACAUGCUGAACUGCAACAUGACGGCCACUGCGUGCGCCUUUACUAAAUGGCAGACUUUCAAUGCUUCCUCACCGCUUGAAAUCCAUGUGCCCAAAGACGAGCAUUUGAAAACUCCCACUCACAGUUUGCCCCUGCAUCCCUUCAAGUACUACGUCCUAGCACCGGUACUAGCCAAUGGCUGGACAUUCCUGGGAGAAGGGAUGAAGUUCUCAGUGGCCUCCAAGCAACGGUUCCAGUCGAUAACCGGAAAUGCAGGACAAGGACUUGAGGUCACUCUAACCGGUACCAGUGGCGAGGAGAUCAGUGUUUCCGCUCUGACACCCACCGGUGAAGUGCUCACUGCAUCUGGAACUGUUGGAGCCUCACUGAAGGCUACCGUGGAGUGUGGCAGUGCCAGAGACUCCGCUGAAGCAGGACAGUGCAAGUUUACGUCCGAAUAAAGAUUCACGGAGCAUGGAUGACGGUAUCACAGGUUGUCCAGUUACAUGUACUGGGCUACUGCACCGUCACAGCAGCACAGUAGCAGCUGUUUAGUGGGACUGCAGUGCUCUGUGUAAUACAUUCACUGGUGCACGUCAUACCCAUGCUCUUUCUCAUUCGGUCCGCCAGUGCAAGGAGUUAUAGGUUCUUAUUUGUCUCAAGUGUGAAGGGCUAUUGUUUUACUUUAGAAGUAUUUUUUUGAAGAAGAGGUUGGUAUCACAGAAAUAUUUUUUACUUUAGAAAUUAUUGUUCAGUUCAAUUAUACAAUGCUCUUUUCAUUUGUUCAAGUGGUGCUGAAAUUGCCUUUAAAUUAUUUAUGAUGUGGAUAGGUUUUUUAUACAAGUACAAUGUAGG